UCUAGGUGUUCUCAUCUUUUCCAUGAGUUUCACUCUGUAGUCUUCACCAGAAAUUGUGCUUUAAUCAAUUAGUAAUAGAGAAGAAUCGUUAUCUAGGAGAAAAUGUCCAAUCUAAAAAUGAAAGAGGCAGCUCUUAUCUAUCUUGACAGAAGUAGAGGCCUCCAGAAGUUCAUAGAUGAUUGCAAAUACUACAAUGCUUCAAAACAAAGUUAUGCUGUCUAUCGAUUCAAUAUUUUAAUAAACCCUUCUGAUAUUGUUGAAUUGGAUGCUGAACUUGGAAAUCACAUUUUACAUCAGCCAUUAAAAGCUGCUCAAGUUUUUCAAUCAGUCUGUUUUAUUGCUGUUAAGACUCUCUCAUUAAUUGGACAAUUACAGACUGAAACUCAAAUUAAUAUAGUGCUGAAGUUAACACAUUUACCUCCUCUGCCAAGUUAUAGUCUUGAUCUUUGUAAGUUUCCACUUGAUUAUACAUCUCAAAGAUUUUAUAUGGUACAAGGAAUUGUGAUUGCAAUGACAACUCUAACCAAGUAUACACAAGGUGCCAGGUUUCUCUGUUCAGAUGAAGCAUGCCCUCUUUCAAAAGGAUUUCAGUAUGUAAGAGUGCAUGUGCCUGGUGCUACAGAAUCUGCAACAGUAAGAAGUGACUUUUUAUGUGAUCUAUGUUCAUCUUCACUUCAAGAAGACAGAAAAUUUAGAGUACUUGGUGAUAAACAGAUAGUUGAAAUAAUUACCACAAAGGCACUUCAUGCUUUUCAAGGAUAUUCUAACAACCAGCCAUUUAGGUUUCAAUCUGUUACAGUCUUCCUCAGAGAUGAAUCAGUGAAUAAAAUGAAUAUAGGAAAUGAGUAUAAGAUUAUUGGAAUUCCAACCUGUGUAAAAACAUCACAAACUGCUGUCUGUAUAGAGGCAAACAGUAUCACUUUUUGCAAUCCAAAAGUUCCUUCAGGAAUUAGCGACAAUUUCAGGUGUCUUCUUUCUUUGACUUCCAGCUCAUGCUGGAAGUUUACGGCAAUACUUGCCAAUAUCUUUGCAUCACAAAUUGUUCCUCCUGGGACUUACAAUUUGCUCAAGCUUUGUUUGUUGAUGAGUCUAGUACAGACAAGUGACCGUAACAAGGAACUAGAAGACUGCCUGGAUCUUUUGAUUAUAACGAGUGAUACUCUACUUAUAGACAGGCUUUUGAAUUUUAGUAUAAACCUUGUGCCCCGUGGUAUACGUCAUCCCAUCUCUACUGAAAUUUUUCCUACUCUAUCCAGGAAUAAGUAUGGAACUGGAGCAGUUAGCAUUCAAGCUGGCAGUGCUUUGCUAGCUAAGGGUGGUAUCUGCUUUAUAGGAGACUUGGCUUCACACAAAAAAGAUAAACUUGAACAGCUUCAAUCAGCUUUGGAAAGUAGAAGCAUCACAGUGUACAUUUCAGGAAAGAAAUUUGGGGAUGAUAUGGAUCAACAAAUGACUUUUCCAGUUCAGUGCAGUUUUUGGUCUUUUGUUGAUAUGGAUUCAUCUUCAAGGAGAAAUAUACAGAAAACCAAUACUCUAAUUGGUCAGAUGGAUUGCAGUUUGAUUCCAGCUAAUCUUGUAGAAACAUUUGGAUUAUUGAUUAACUGCAAUGAAUCAUCUCCUUGCCACCUACUUUUUCCUACUGUACAGCAUACUUUAAAGAAAGCCAUUGAUCCUGAAGGACUGCUUUAUGUAGCUUCUAAGCAGUUCACAACUGAAGAUUUUGGAAAGCUGCUCGCUUUUGCAAAGGAUUUGAAUGUCGAGUUCAGCUUGGAGGCAGAAAGAAUAAUUCAUGGCUAUUACCUAGCAAGUCGAAGAAUCAGAACAGAUUCUAUAUGUGGAUCAAAACUGUCAGCAUCUGCAUUAAAAUAUUUGGUUUCCCUUUCUGAAGCCCAUGCUCGACUGAACUUAAGGAAUAAAGUGCUUAAAGAAGAUGUACUAAUUGCAGCCUUAUUAUUUGAAACAUCUCUCACAUUGAAAUAUGGGGCCACUGUAUUUUGUGUUGCUCCAAAUGCAGUAUUUCCAUUUGAACUAUAUGAUGAAGAAUAUCUAGAACAAAGGGAUAUCUAUCUGACUCAGUGCCAACAACAACUCCAACAGUUUAUUGCCACAUAUGGACCUGGGACAGCUGUUUUUGCUAGUGAUGAAUAAGCAAUCUGAGGAAAAGUUUUUUCAUUUCUAUUUAAGCAGUGGAAAAAUGUGUGGGUGAUUUUGAAGUAAUGCUUCAGAUAAUCUUAUGUAUAGGUGUACUUUAGAAUGCCAUCUUACAAAUAUAAAAUAUAGUUCCUUCAAAUUAAUUGCUAAUAGACACUAAUCCAAAUCUCAAAGCCAACAGCAGAAAUUUAAAAUUUAGAAGAAUCCUUGGGAGUACCCUGGUGGUUCAGUGGGUUAAGGAUCUGGCUUUGACACUGCUGUGGCUCAGGUUGCUGCUGUAGCACAGGGUUUGAUCCUUGGCUGGGCAACUUCAGCAUGUUGUGGGUAUGGCCAAAAAAAAAUUUAGGGGAAUCAUAUUUUUAAAAAAACCUGGAUAGCCCAGUAUA